GAUAUAAUAUGUUCACUAGGAGAACCGGUUUGCACGUGCUAGACAUUGACGUAAAUAAAUUCAAAUUUUGAAUUUAAUUUUAUUUCGUAUAUUGGUAAGGAGCUGUAUUCAAUUUUAAGACUUUAAUAGAAAAUGAAGGAAACCGAUGUCAAAAUGAAAAACAAAGAUAACGCCGACGAGAGCAUUGACGCCAGCUCUGGUGAAGAUGAGUACGAGGACAUUGCUGACGAAGAUGAUGAGGACAUGGGUGCCGAAGAAGAACCCACCACAUGCCUCUUCUGCCCGGAAAUUUUUCCGAGUCUGCCUCUAGCUAUUAAGCAUUUGGACUCCGAACACAAAAUCAAAUUACCCGAGCUACAGCAAAAGUUUCAAAUGGAUGAGUAUGCCUUUAUCAAGUUGAUUAACUAUAUACGAGCGGAGAAGAUUAGUCCAGAUGAUUUGCUUAAGAGCGAAAAGUCUAAUUGGGAGGAUGAGAAAUACUUGAAACCACAGGAAUAUGAACCAUGGCUGUGCAUUGAUUUUGACUCGCUUAAGCCGGAAGGCCAAGUCGGAGAAAUGACAGUGGCGGAGAUGAGUCAACGUCUUGUGGAACAGGGCAAGUUAUUGCAGCAGGCCAAUGAUGAUAUGGAACGAAUGCGACAGGACUUUAAGGCUCUAUUGGCUAAAGUUCAUACCGAUGAUAGUGGUGGGGAUGCGGAUAGUAAAAGCAAAAGUAACGCUCCGACUUUGCGAAACAAUCCAAAACUCGACAAGGAGUACUUUAACAGCUAUUCAUAUUUCGGUAUUCAUCACGAAAUGCUUAGCGAUUCCGUGCGCACGAGUAGCUAUCGACGUGCCCUGAUCGACAAUUCCGACAUUGUGAGUGGCAAGACUGUUCUGGAUGUGGGAUGUGGCACCAGCAUCCUCUCGAUAUUUGCAUCACAAGCAGGAGCAGCCAAAGUGGUAGGCAUAGAUGAUUCGGAGAUUGUCUACACUGCCAUGGAUAUUGUUCGAAAAAAUAAACUCACAAAUAUUAAUCUAGUCAAAGGACGUUUGGAGGAUACAGUUUUACCCGAUGACAAGUACGAUAUUAUAAUAUCCGAAUGGAUGGGUUACUUCCUGCUAUACGAGUCCAUGCUUGAUAGCAUCAUUUAUGCCCGAGAGAAUCAUCUUAAACCCGGUGGUCUUAUACUGCCAAAUCGUUGUACACUCAGCUUAUUUGGCCAUGGUGACGAUAAGCUCUAUGAAGAACAAGUUGAAUUUUGGUCGGAUGUGUAUGGCGUUGACAUGACUGCUCUGCGUGGUCGUUCCAUACAGGAGCCUCUCAUGGAAGUUGUACAAAAGAAGUGUAUGCUAACUGAACCGGAAGAAAUCGCCAGCUUUGACAUGAUGACUGUGGACUUGGGAUAUUCCAAUUUCACAUAUAACUUCAAUCUGAAGUGUACACAAUCGGGCAAGCUAUCGGCCUUUGUGGGUUAUUUUGAUACAUUCUUCGACCUGCCUCAUUCCGUAAUGUUUAGCACUUCUCCUGUUCAUAAACCUACUCACUGGAAGCAAACAAUCUUCUUUUUGGAAGCACCGCAGGCGGUUAACGAGGGCGAUGUCAUAACGGGCACUAUCCACACGCGACGGAAUCUGGAGGACAUCAGAUCACUUAAUGUGGAAAUCAAAGCGUUUGGCAAAUUAAACAAAUAUAAUGUAAAUUAACUAUGCAUUUGAUUGAUAAUUAUGCGAUAUUUCAAAUAUACACAGAACCUUUUUUUAAA